GGCCUACCGUCAUAAUCCGUGCGUUGACGUUUGGAAUACACUGAGAACGUUUUAGUUGUAAUGUAACAGUUACGUCGGCUCUAGGGAUGACUACUGGUGUUUUGGUUACUAUGGUAACGCUUUCACAACCGGAUAUUGCUACUUGUUUCUUUCCAGACUGGUUUAACGGACGCACACCUAAUAGCAAAGUAGCCACAUGUCGUCAGGAUCUAUCCUCAAAAGUGCUGCGUUGACGUUAGGAAUACACAGACAACAUUUACGUUGGAAUAUAACAGUUACGCAGCUCCUCAGGAUGACUAUUGGUGUUUGUGUUCAUAUUAGUAACUCUACGACAGCCGGAUGUUGUUACUUGUUUGCCACCGGACUAGUUUGACUGACGCGCAGGGUUGUCAAAGUAGCAACAUGGCGUCAUGGCCUACCUUCAUGAUCCGUGCGUUGGCGGUUGGAAUACACUGAGAACGUUUUAGUUGUAAUUUAGCAGUUACGCCGGCUCUAGGGAUGACUACUGGUGUUUUGGUUACUAUGGUAACACUUUGACAACCGGAUAUUGCUACUUGUUUCUUUCCAGACUGGUUUAACGGACGCACACCUAUAGCAAAGUAGCCACAUGUCGUCAGGAUCUAUCCUCAAACGUGGUGCGUUGACGUUAGGAAUACACAGACAACAUUUACGUUGGAAUAUAACAGUUAGGUAGCUCCUCAGAAUGACUAUUGGUGUUUUUGUUCAUAUUAGUAACUCUACGACAGCCGGAUGUUGUUACUUGUUUGCCACCGGACUGGUUUGACUGACGCACAGGUUUGUCAAAGUAGCAAACAUGGCGUCAGGGGUUAUCCUCAGUGGCGCCUUGACGGUUGCAAUGCGCAGCCAACGUUUCAGUUGGAAUGUCACGGUCACGCAGGUCCGUGGGAUGAAGCGUUGGAUGAGAGCCUACACACAUUUAAUGGCACUAAAGCUAAAACUUGAAGGACCUCCACCGCCCAAACCAAGAUCUCAAAAGCCCAAUUGGGAUUAUCAUGCUGAGGUCCAGGCUUUCAGCACCCGCCUACAUGAGAACUUUUCCCUGGAGCUACUGAAAAUCGCUUUUGUUAAUCCCUGUUACCUGGAGGCGGAACAAAAAAGGAGACAGGAGCUGGGCAUGGACUCGGCAGUCGCAGCUCUUGCUCUCAAAGAUAACAUUCAUUUGAGUGCAAAGGGGGAAGCCUUCACGGAAAGCUUUCUCACUGAUUGGUGCAGAGACAGUUUUCCCAGCCUGCCAACUGAAGGGGUAGACAGUAUCGUGGGGCACCUGGCUAGUGUGGCCCUAGUAAGCGAUGUAGCCAGAAAUCUUGGCGUUGAGGAUUUAACCAUGAGUUCAACAUUUCCUGUCCCAGAUGAUGUGCUUCGUUCUACGUUCAUGGCAGUGAUUGGAGCACUUCAUGAAAGCACUGGAGCUGAGCGCACAGGAUAUUUUCUCAGGGAUUUCCUGGUUUCCCAGCUGAUAGGAAAAGACAUAUUUGAUAUGUGGACAGUGGUUAAUCCAAUGGGACUUCUGGUGGAGGAACUAAAUAAGAGGAAUGUUCCUCUUCCAGAGCCUCGCCUCAUCAGGUCUGCUGGGGCCAGCACCGUACUACCGCUGUAUUUUGUUGGUUUGUACAGUGAUAAGAAGCUCCUAGCUCAGGGUCCAGGCGAGACACUUGCUGCAGCAGAGGAGGAGGCAGCUCGUGUGGCCUUGAGGAAACUCUAUGGAUACACCGAGAACCGCAGACCCUUUGACUUUACUCCGCAACCACAGCAUGAGCAGCCUUUACUUCAAUCAGUCAGCAGCAGUUAAUAUUGGAACAUUUUACUUAUUUGGAUCAUUUUCAUUGCCUUGCGAUCUUGUACGUGUCGAUGACCGAGAUUUAGGAAAAAUUAGGAGGCAGAAGCCUGACUUUGUUGCUCUAAAAAAACAAAACAAAACAAAACUGUGGGUAUUUAUACUGAAUACCCAAUGUACAUAAUACAGUGCCAGUUAUGCAAUUUUGUUCUCCUGGAAUAAAGUAUUCAUGUGUCAUCUAA